CGGGAAGUGUCGGGGCUGGGGCCGGGGGGGGGGGGGGGAGUGCGCGCGGCCGCGCUCGCGCGCGGCGGGGGCGCGCGCGGGGCGCAGAGGCGGCAGCCAAGAUGGCGGCGCGGGUGGCGCAGGGGCCGGCAGCCCGCGGGCGCGCCUAGGCCGCGGUGUGUCCCGUCCCCGUCCCCCCUCCCCCACCCCGCCCCCAAAACCCGGGCGGGGUCCCCGCCGUCCCGGUCCCCCCUCCCCAACCCCCCUACCCCGCCCCGCCCGCCCCCUCCGGCAGGAUGCUGCCCUCGCAGGAAGCCUCCAAGCUCUACCAUGACAACUACGUGCGGAACUCGCGGGCCAUCGGCGUGCUCUGGGCCAUCUUCACCAUCUGCUUCGCCAUCAUCAACGUGGUGGUCUUCAUCCAGCCCUACUGGGUGGGCGACAGCGUCAACACCCCCAAGCCCGGUUACUUCGGGCUGUUCCACUACUGCGUGGGCAGCGGGCUGGCGGGCCGGGAGCUGUCGUGCCGCGGCUCCUUCACCGACUUCAGCACCAUCCCCUCGGGCGCCUUCCAGGCGGCGGCCUUCUUCGUGCUGCUCUCCAUGGUGCUGACGCUGGGCUGCAUCACCUGCUUCGCCCUCUUCUUCUUCUGCAACACCGCCACCGUCUACAAGAUCUGCGCCUGGAUGCAGCUGCUGGCAGCGCUCUGCCUGGUGCUGGGCUGCAUGAUCUUUCCCGACGGCUGGGAUGCAGAGACCAUACGGGACAUGUGCGGGGAGAAGACAGGGAAGUACUCCCUGGGCGACUGCUCCGUGCGCUGGGCUUACAUCCUGGCCAUCAUCGGCAUCCUCAACGCCCUCAUCCUUUCCUUCCUGGCCUUCGUCCUCGGCAACCGGCAAAACGACCUGCUGCACGAGGAGCUCAAGACAGAGAGCAAAGAUUUUGUCGGCACCGCGAGGAUAUAAGGCCAAGCGCCCGCAACAGGAUCCUCUUCCCGCGGCCGGCAGCCUGGGCGCUCCCUCCCCGUCCUGCCCUUCGUCUGCUGCCAGCGGCCACGCAGUGUCCCGUGCCGCCCCCUGGGCCCCACCGCCCACGCUGGGGACGUGCCAGCCGCCCGCCGCAUCCACCGUCACCUCCAUGUCCACGCCGGCACCGCCAUCCCACGCACCCCACCAGCUCCGCACCCCCCACUGCCCGCGGGCCGCCGCCGCCGGGGGAGGAUGCCCCAAACCCGCUUCGUUUGAGAACAGCGUCCAACUGCGGUUUUGCUUCGAGGAAAAAACAGUCUCAGAGUUUUUAACAGAUUUCUACAUCCCCAGGACUCCUGACCCGCAGAAUCCCACCUGAACGCGCGCCCAGCGACACCCCGCGCCGGCUGCUCCGGGCCCCGGCCCCCUCCCCGCUCCCAUUUUGUACAGCUCCGUGAUCCUGUCUCCACAGCUGGGGGACCCGGCGGCCAGGACGGGGCCCAACCCCUACUUUUACGUGUAAAUUCAUAUUCUCUAAACAGGGUAAAGUGACUCGAGCCCCCUGGCCCCCACCCCGGGAGCCUGGCCCCAGGACGUGGUGUUUUCCGGCGCAUGGCUGGGGACCACAGGGGCCUCGCUGCCACCGGCCGCUGGGACACCCGACUCGCGCUGCCGCUGAAUGUAAGCCCUGGUAAGUGGGAGCAGCUGAACAUGCAAAACCCCCCCGAGGCCGGCGCAGGAGGACCCCCCCUGCCAGCCCCCUCCCCGAGCCAGCCGCGGGCUGUUGCCAAACGCCUUCCCUCCCCAUCCCCAUACGGUGCUUUAUCUCCACUGGUGACGGCAAGGCUCUCCCUGCCACACGGCAUGGCCGGGGCAGGGGGGGACACCCAGGCACGUCCGUGCCGACCCUGGCAUCCUGUCCCUGUCCCCUGCCUGCGCCUCGCUGGCACAUGGCGAUGGCCCGGUGUGGCGCUGAGCCCAGCAGCCUCCGAGCACGACCCAGCUUCAAUCACACACACACAGCACCCAACAGCCAGCACCGACAACCCCGGCACCCUCCCCGGCACGGGCGGCUGCAGCCCGGCUGUGGCUCUGCUGGCCACACCGGCGUGUGUGGGCUUCCCCGGGUGCCGGCUCGCGGGGGGGCUCCGGUCACCACAGCCCUUGCAAUGCAAUAAAGUCCUCAGCACUGGCCCGGUCUCAGUGCAAGUAGCCGGGGGCUGUUUGCAGGGGGUCCCGGCAGGGCUGGGAGCGGGGCCGAGCUGGGCGCAGGGAGCGGAGCGGGACCGUGGCCCCAGGACGGGCAGCCCUGGGCAGAGGAGCCGCUGCCCAUCCGCAGGUACCCAGGCAGGGCCAC